GAGGACUGUAUGGUCAGGGUUCGUGAAUAAUUCGCGACGUCCCUGGGUUCGAUCGAAUCAACGUUUUCGCUAGCGAUAGUAGCAGUUUCUGGGCAGAAUGCAACUGCGUGGUGACGGAACGACAGACCUAAUUCGCUAAAUUUGGACACACACGUAAAUUCCGAACACGUGUGGGUCGAGCAACCACGUGGGCCGCAUGUAUCGAAAAACAAGUGCCGCAUCUUUUGGUGAGUGCAGAUAGAUGAACUGUGAUAUUUCUGAUAUCGGCACGAAAUGUUUGUAAAACAUGAAACGUUUGCUUGAUGAAUAAAAAGUUAUAUAGUAAAGCCAUUGCCAAACAACGAAUGUGUGAAUAAGUUAUUGUGCAAACGAUAACCUGCGAGAAUGAUACUUUAAGAAAUAUAAACAUAACGGUACAAGUAAUUUUUAUUGGUUCCAAAGCUUCAAUUUAUUGAGCAAAGAAUAUGUAUGCGUGGAUCAAAAGAUAUAACGAAACAUAUCCUUGCGUCAGAUGAAAGAAAGAGAAGUGUGAUAUAGCUUAAAUUAAUCAAAGACAUGUAUUGUUGAUUCAAAGACAAAAGUUAUAUACUAGAAGACUGAUAGUUUAAGAGCAUAUAAAUAGGAGCUGUUAUCGAUCGAUAUAAUAAGGGUACAAAAUUAUGGCUCAAGUGGAACCGAAACAAAAGAAACUUAAGCACUCUAUCAUUUCGGAUUUUGUGUACUCCGCUGACUUUCAACAACUGUUUUCUGAACACUGGUGCAAUCUUAGCGACAUAAAGAAGAACAACCUUGAGAUUAUAUCAAAACCUUUUAGGAUAUGUAAAAUUUCUAAUUUCCUUUCUAGCGAAGAGUUUAUGGACGAGAUAAAGAAUGAACUAUUGGAUGUUAAAAGUAGAAGAAACAGCAUAGACCUCUAUCAAUUCGAGCAAACCAAUGAUCUUGUAAAUGUUGACGCGGAAAACUUAAAGCUCUUAUAUAAAACCUUUCAAAUGGAUCUAGCAUUAUGGAUGGAAAAAAAUACCAAGAUACAGCUUAAUAAAACAUUGUCAAUGUCCAGUUCUUGUUACUAUGAUACAGACUACUUGCUCUGCCACGAUGACAAUAUGGAUGACCGUAGAAUCGCUUUCAUCUUGUACCUUUCAAAAAAUUGGACUCGAGAAGAUGGUGGGACAUUGGAUUUAUUUGAUACGGAUAAAAAUGGACUGCCCAGGAACAUUGUGAAGUCGUUGAUUCCGGAAUAUAAUUCUCUAGUAUUUUUUGAAGUUGCAGAUAACUCUUAUCACCAAGUAGCAGAAAUAGUCUCACCGGACAAAUCUCGUUGGUCUAUUAACGGUUGGUUCCAUGGACCUCUCAGAGAAAGUCACAGGCCUCCUAGACCGGAAAUGGUACCAAACUAUAUCGAACCGAUAAACAUCGAAGUAGAUUUACACGAUUGGGUAACAAAAUGCUAUCUAACUUCAAAUAUCAUAAAGGAAGUUAAUCAAAACGUGGAACAAGAAUCGUUCGCGUUCCUGGCUGGUUUCGUGAAAAUGGAUAUUUAUGAAAAACUUGUUACAGAGGUGGCUUCGGAUACCAUCGUUUGGCAGAAAUGUGGCCCGGCAGAUAUUCGCAAUUACGAGAUAGCGGACGAGAACAGUUUGCCAGAACUAUUGAAAAGUUUUUACAAUUUUUUCAAGUCGAUUUCUAUGUGUCGAUUACUGAAAAGUUAUACGGAAUUAAAUCUUGUGCCAGAGAAAGAGGCUUCGAGUCCCAAGAUGGUUAUAGAGCUCCAAAGAUGGUCCAAAGGAUGUUACACGUUAAUAAGCGACAAAUCUACGGUUAACGAAUCGGACUUUACCGAAAACGAGAAGAAAACUGGUAACAAUGGAUGCGUUACACAGGCCGACGAUGUAUCGGAAACUCCGGUAAGCUCGGGAGGAAAACCCAGUAAAAAUUGCGAAGAGAAACCGAUGCAGAGUAACGCGGACAAAACCGCGGACUUAGAUUCUAAUUCUCCGGUAAGCAAUAAGGAGGACGAGGACGUCGAGGACGAUGACAUGUUGAAGAAGAUAUUAAAAGCGAAAUGUUUUCAGUCAGCCGAGAAGGAUUUAUUACGAAAGCCCUCUUUGACGAACAUCGAUAAUUCCUCUCUGUUAGAAAGAGAUACAGAUUCCGACGAGUCCGACAUCGGUGAUUACUUAUCCGAUCUAAACGACCGGUCUUUGGAACGUUCGGAUCAAGAAAACGAGGCGGACGACUCGAAUGCUUCGGAAUCUGGUAGUCUCGAUGUGAUAUUACAAUUCCAUACGCACCGUGUGCCCGAAGAGCACACCAUAGAUUAUGUAGAUCCCAAAGAGCAAGACGCUGCACUGAUUCACAUACCACCGAAAGAUAACCACCUUUGCAUCGUAUACAAGGUUUCGAGUACUUGUCGUUUUCACAAGUAUGUGAAUCAUUACUGUACAGAUUACUUUUAUAAUUUGAUUUGUACAUAUUACGAACAGUAAUUCCAUAUUCGCAACGCUUGUCAUUUCGGAUGUUCCUCGAACGACUUGACGAUUGUAUACCGAAUCGCGAACAAAGAAGCGUUCAUUUUAAAUGAAACUGUGUAUCAUAGUAUUUAUCCUAAUAAAUUGUCAGUAUUUAUCGUCGGA